AUGAUUGAAAUAUACUGGUUAAAAAUUAAUAAAGAAUAAAUACCUCAAAAAUUUUCUAACAGAAACAGUAAGGACGUUUAAAGCAGUUUUAAAUAUGCUUUAUGGCUAAAUCUUCUAAGAAUUACUGUUAGUAACCUUUAAGAUAAUCUGGUUAUGAAAACAGCAAAUUCUAGUAAGAAACACUUCUGA